GUCGCAUGCUCCUACAGUUGUUUAUGUUUUGUCUUAGACUUGCACUAUGUCGAAAAAUAUAAUUUUUCAAUCAAUUUUUUCAAGAAACUCUAAAUUUAAUCUUCAGCAGGCAUAUAAUGCAUCAAAAUCAUUAACAGCUGGUGAAGGAAGUCGUUCCGUUUGCACCAGUUCUGUGGUGUAUGGGAAGAGAAAUUUCAGAAAAUUUUUGUAUCACAGACGAGGAACACCUUUAGAUCAUCAGUGGUUUAAGGAACAUCCGGAAGAAAUUGAUCGAAGGGGAAUGAGACCAACUGGACAUAUGGUUGAUGGCAAGUUCCAAGAAAUAUCAGAAAUGGUUCCAGAGCUAAUAGUGCCUGAUUUAACUAAUUUUGAAUUAAAACCAUAUGUUUCGUAUAGAACUGCUGAUGUAGUGCAAGAAGAAUUUACUCCAGAGCACUUGUUUUAUGCAGUAUAUGCUAAAAAACUUAAAGAAGACUUUGAAAGUGGAAAAUUAGAUGAAAAUGGAAAUCCCCUAGAGCCCUCAGAAGAAGAAAAAAUGUCAGCAGAGGAAGCAUGGAGGAAAGCCCGCUCAACAGGAAGUGAUUACUUUGGUUAAAGAGUUUCAUCGUUUUGUAUAAUGUAUUUAAAAUAUUCUCACACGGAGAUGUAAUAUUGUUGAAAAAUAAUACAUGUAGAACCCAUUUUAUGAAAGUUGCACAUGAUUUUGAAUAGUUCAAUAAAUGCUUUAUUUAAAUUA